GGGGGUCGACGAGAGUGAGCAGAAGAAGAGUUAAUGCGCGGGAGCGUUCUUACGCCUACUUGCUACAGCUCCAUCUCCACCUCCUCUUCCAGGUUCCAUCUCUCCUUUUGAUCUUUAAAGAUUAAAGUUCAAUAUGGAAAGGGAAGAAGAGGUCACCUCCGUCACAUCCCUUCCUUUUCCUGAUUCUGAACUCAUAGCCAUCGGUUCUUCCGAUGAUCUAGGGUUUCAAGAAUCUGAGCAGCCGCUUGAUACUGUUGCUCCUUCUUCAACAUCUAACGAGCCUGUCGUCCUCACCGAUGACCUGAAAGACAAGAUCAUAAAACAGGUGGAAUACUAUUUUAGUGAUGAGAAUCUUUCCACAGAUAAGUUUCUGAUGAGCCAUGUAAAGAAGGAUAAAGAAGGUUUUGUUCCUGUGGGUCUUAUUGCAUCUUUCAGGAAAAUGAAAAAGCUUGUUCGAGAUAAUUCAUUGAUAGUGGAUGCACUCCAGGAAUCAACGCAACUUGUCGUAAGUUCAGAUGGGAAGAAGGUAAAGAAAAUACAUCCACUGCCAGUAGCUGAGGUGCAGGAUGCUAAGUCACGGACUGUUUUGGUAGAGAAUAUGCCGGAUAAUUUUUCAAUAGAGAGCAUGAAGAUAAUCUUUGGUGCUGCCGGCAAUAUAAAGAAUAUAUCUAUCCAAGACCCACAUGCUGCGGAGGAAUCAACAAAGAUCAGUAAGGCAAAAAAUCUCAUCAGUGGAAAGAUACAUGCUUUUGUAGAAUAUGAAACAGCGGAGGCUGCUGAGAGAGCUGUUGCCACUUUAAAUGAUGAGAACAAUUGGAGAACUGGUAUGCGUGUUAAGCUUCUUAUCAAGAUAAUGGGCAAGUUUGGGCUGAGCAAGAAAGGCUGUAAAGGCACUACCUCUGAGAAGAAUAGAAAUGCUCCAAUGUCUGAGGCAGUAGGGGAUGAUGAACCCUUGAAGUCAACUGAUCACCAUGAUGAAACACCUGAACAAGAGGAAGAGGGGAACUUGCGAAGUGAGAGAACUGGACGGAGAAGUCAAAACAGAGGUCGAUCCAAGGGCCAAAAACAGCAUAACCAUAACAGUCAAGGCCAUGGAACUCUGCACCGUCAUCCUGGUGUUGAAGGUUCAAAGCCACCUCCAGGGCCAAAAAUGCCUGAUGGAACUAGGGGUUUCACAAUGGGUCGUGGCAGGCCUCCUGUAUAAUCAAAAUUCAGCUUUGAGGGUCUUAAAGAUUUGAGGGGUUAUGCAAAAGAGUGUGUUGGAUCAGUGUGGAUUCUGUGUUUUUAUCUGCAGAAUACAUAAGUUUGGUUUGGAUAAUUAGAUGUUGCCAAGAUCUUUACAGCCAUCAUAGUGGAAUAUACUUCACGGUUCAAA